ACGAUAAAGGCAGAAGACAGGAGGGGGGAACCUGCAGCUAACCUUUAGAAAAGUUGUCAGUCGUGAAGAGCGAAGUGUUGUGUGGAGAGGUGUUCGUCUCCUUCCCUAAGCUGGUUUUUGCGUGCAUCUUGGAAGUACUGCCAGUAAUCACGAUGCGGCAGUUGUAUCUGCUGCUGUUGGUAGGGUUGGCGCUGGCGGCAGACCCACUGUCAUCAUGCCCAGAGGACUGCGUGUGCACGCGGCGAGCUGGGCUCUCCGAGAUGGUGGCACGCUGCACCAAGUUAGACCCAGCAAGGCAGGUGUUUGCUGCUGAGGUGCGCCAUCUUCACGUGAGUGGCGUCCCCAAGGAACACGGCAUAGUGCUUGACCAUGACACCUUCAAGAGGAUGGGACUGCAGCAGGUUACGAAUCUCCGCAUUAUUGACAGCUCAUUCCGACGAGUGCAUGAGAAUGCAUUCUCAAACCUACCAGGUCUGAUGCACCUCAACUUAAGUGGAAGUGACCUGAUACUCUUGCACCCUGACAUGUUCGCCAACAACACACAGCUGGAAGUUCUUUCACUAAGAUACAACCAGCUACGUCUGAUGGAAAGUGAAAAGUCUCCUUUUGCAAAUUACUUUCUGAAUAUAGAUUCCCUCAGAGAACUUGAUCUCUAUGGCUGUAGUCUCGGUAAUCUUCUCCCUACUAUGUUUACUCGUAUGCCAAAUCUUGAUUACAUUAAUCUGGGAUCCAAUGGAAUCAAAGUUUUGCAUAAAGAUAUUUUAAAACCUAUCUAUUCACUAAGUGAGCUUGAUUUAUCUGAAAAUCUAAUUGGAGAGCUGGACCCUGAAGUUUUCAGUGAGAGUGAACUGGUCUCACUAAACAUCAGAAAAAAUCCUUUGAGCUCAUUACGUAAUAUCUCAAUACCAGAAUUGGAAACUCUUGAUUUAUCUGAAUGUAAGUUCAGUGAAAUCACAGGAGACAUGUUUUCUGGCUUCCCAGAUUUAACUAAAUUAAGUCUUGAAGGAAAUGCCAUAAAUAGGAUUGAAGUAAAUGCAUUUGCCCCUCUAACCCAUCUUCAAAUUUUGGAUCUUUCACACAAUUCUCUUCAGGGACCACUUCCAGAAAAUUUAUUUGUAAACAAUGUAGAACUGCUUCAUCUUGAUUUAUCAAACAAUCCUGCAAUGAAAUUAUUACCACCAGGUGGAUUUGAAGGUGAAUUUUCAACUCUAGAAACUUUGGAUCUUUCUCACUGUGGACUAGAAAAAUUAGAGGUGUUCAGUCUCAGAAAUAUGAAUCGUCUCACAAUUCUGAAAUUGGCAGGCAACAAUUUGAAGGUCCUACCACAUGGUGCAAUUGGAAGUAAUGUGAAAAUACUGGAUUUAUCUGACAACCAGCUGUCAUUCAUAGAAAAAUACAAUUUCCCUGCUGACUCAAGGAUUACAAAACUGUAUUUAAAAGGCAAUCCUCUCCUUGCUGUCUCACCUUUUGCCUUCUCAAACCUCCAUGCUCUCAUGGAUUUGGACUUAAGUUCCUGUGACCUGACAACAUUCCCAUCUGUGACGGAUACCAGUGUAUCAGUUUUCAAAAGCUUGCGCCAUCUGUACCUUUCUGGAAAUAGGAUCACUUCCCUAAACAAAAGUGAUCUUGAACAUAUGCCAGCACUGGAAAUCAUCGAUGUCUCCAAGAACCCUCUAGAUUGCCACGUGAUGAAAAAUCUUGUAAAUUACUUGGCUCGAGCUGAAAUUAAGCCACUGCUGUCUGUUGAGCUAACAGAUCCAUCCGUGCAACUGUUUGAUGAUGACAUCAUAACCUUUGGUGGAAAUAUACGACAUGCCUGGGACUUCUUCCUCAAACAACUUUGUGGAGAAGAAGGUGCCACCAUAAACUAUGAAACAGUUGAUGAUGUUAAAGACAAUUGGUCAUUUAGUGAUAAUGAUGAGAAAAUUGAUAGUUACAUUGAAGAUACAUCAGCAGGAGAAAUCCACAUCAGUUCUAAUCAGAUUUCUGAUGAACCAAGUACGUGGACCAUUGUUGUGGCAACUACGACUUCAUUUGCUAUCAUCUUUAUUAUAAUAAUUCUGUUUGCUGUCAUUGUUCUGUGUAUUCGCCAAGAGAAUGCUACAAAAAAGGCUGUCAGGAAAGUGAAAGCAUACAAAACACCCAUUUUACGGCAUGGGUACUUGGGUGACUAUAAGAAACUCCAGGAACAGCACAGUAUUCCAUCAACACCAAUAAUGAAAGACAGAAAUAUACAGCUACAUAAUGAACUGGUUGCUAGUAAAGAAGGCAGCACAGGAAAGAGCAAGAUAGAGCAGAUGGUAUACAUGGGCAAAGGAGAUAAUUCCGUAAUGCCAGAGGCUGUAUAAUUGCAUUGUUAAGGAUUCAUAACAAUUUUGGACAGCUAAUAUUUUAACAAUUAUUUGUGUAAGUGUUACUUCAUCAUUAGGGAGAAAAAAACUAGGUUAUCAGCCUAGUGCCUAUACUUUGGUGCAGUUUUGCCAAAUUUGUGGGAGUUGAUUUAAGAAAAUGUAGGAUGAUCGUGUGAAUAAUUGUGUAGUGAUUUUGUACAGACUAUAUUUAAUGUAAUUGUAUAAUAUUUAAAGAGCUGUGCUGUGAAAGGCUGUAAUAAUCAAUUAUGUGAAACACUGUGUAGUAAUGAUUUAUCAGUCACAACUCUUCCCUUCAGAUGGAGUACUGUGCAUAAAAUAUACUUUUGACUGUAAAAUGCUCUGAGCAAAGCAGAAUGUGAAGCUAUUUUUCAAUUUUUAGAAGAAAGUAUGCUAACUUUAUGAUGAAAUAGUUGAAUGUGAGACAAAAGACAUGAAGUAAUUAAUGUAUAAGAAUUGUAAUUGCACAUGCAGUAUGUAUUAAAGUUAUUUUUGGAAAA